UAACCCACAUUACUUGCACUCAGGAAAAAAAAACUCCCUCAUUUUCAUCUCUCUCUCUCUGAGAAAUUAAGUAGCAUGGUACAUUCACAGAAGUUCAGAGGUGUCAGGCAACGCCACUGGGGCUCUUGGGUCGCCGAAAUCCGCCACCCCCUUCUAAAGAGGAGGGUGUGGCUAGGAACUUUCGAAAAGGCGGAAGAGGCGGCGCGGGCCUAUGACGAGGCGGCGAGGCUAAUGAGCGGCCGCAACGCCAAAACCAACUUCCCAAACACUGCCAGUAGUUCUCCACCGGUAACCGCAUCGUCUUCUGCCGCGCUUUCGUCCGCCCUGAGUGAGAAGCUCCGGAAAUGCUGUAAAACCCCGUCGCCGUCUCUCACGUGCCUCAGGCUCGACCCGGAGAACUCUCACAUCGGAGUCUGGCAGAAGCGGGCGGGUGCCCGGUCGGAUUCGAAGUGGGUCAUGAUGGUUGAACUUGGGAAGAAGAAAGAGGAUGUGAGCGAAAAGGAGGUCGCCGAGGCGACGGCGCCGCCGGGUAAUGCGGCAGAGGAGGUGGGGGAUGGGUUGGAUGAGGAGGAAAGGAUGGCGCUCCAAAUGAUAGAGGAACUCCUCAAUGGGAAUUGACUAAGGCCCUGUUUGGUCUCUAAUUAAAAAGCCAGCCCUUUUAUGUUUGGUUAAAAAAUAAAGUUAUGCAUACAGAUUCAUGGAAAA